AGUGGUGCUCUUCAUAAUGCUUUCCCUUGUGAGCAUCUUUGUACUUUUCAUAGGUUUGGGCAACUCAAAAUCAACCAUAAAGAGACUUCCCGGCUAUCCAGAUGAUCUUCCUUUCACUUUAGAAACCGGAUACAUUGGAGUAAGAGAACACGAAAAUGUUCAAUUAUUCUACUAUUUCAUUGAGUCCGAAAAUAAUCCUUCAGAAGACCCUCUUCUCCUUUAUCUCACCGGUGGCCCUGCAGUUUCAGGAUUAUCCUCCAUCCUCUAUCAAAUCGGUCCAUUGAGUUUUAAUUUGGAAAAUUCAUGGAAGAAGAACAUUACAUUCGACUUGAAUCCAAAUUCAUGGACAAAGAUGGCUAAUAUGAUAUUCUUAGAUGCACCUGCUGGAACUGGAUUUUCAUAUGCUAAAACAUGGGAAGCAUUGAAGAGUAGCGAUUCCAUUUUAGCUUUAGACAUUUACGAGUUUUUGAAGAAGUGGCUGUUGGAACAUCCUAAGUUUCAAAGAAAUCCGCUAUACGUGUCUGGAAUUUCUUACAUGGGCCUUCUCAUACCGAUUGUCGUUUCAGAGAUAUACAAUGGUAAUGAAUGUGGUCAUGAGCCAAUUAUGAAUUUUAAAGGAUACAUAAUGGUGAGCCCUUUCACCGAUAAGGUUGCUGAUUAUAAUUCGAGAAUCGAAUACGCUCAUCGGCUUGCACUUAUAUCAGACGAUAUAUACAAAUCAACAGUGAUAAACUGUAAAGGUGAUUAUGAAAACACAAACCAAGAGAACCAAUUAUGUGCACAAAACCUUCAACGUGUGGAUGAGUGCACAACUGGAAUUAACUUAGAGAAUAUUUUGAUGCCUAAAUGUUCGUUGGUGAAUCCAGAGCCAUAUUGUCCAGAUGCUACACAUGUAUUUUUGGUUGAAUGGGCCAAUAAUAAAGAUGUCCAAAACGCUCUCGGUAUUCGCGAGGGAACAAUAGAAACUUGGGAGUACUCGAACAUAGCCAAUCGUUACGAUCAUGGAAAAAAUGACACAAUCAUGUACUCAUAUGAUGUCUUGAGUAGUUUUGAAUACCAACAACAACUCACUACCAAGAACUGUCAAGUUUUGAUCAUAAGCGGAGAUCAUGACAUGGUGGUUCCAUAUGUGGGUGUUGAGAAAUGGAUAGAAGCUCUCAAUAUUCCAACUGAAAUCCCAUGGAAACCAUGGCUCCUUCUUAAACAAAUUGCCGGAUAUCAAAUGACAUAUGUACACAAAGGAUAUUCACUGAAAUACGCAACUAUAAAGGGUUCGGGUCAUGUGGUGGCAUUGGCAAAGCCCAAAGAACUUCUUAGCAUGGUGAGUGGAUGGCUUGCUUCUCAAACUUAUUCAAGUAUCUCUUUCUAAUAAUUUAUUAUCUUAUUAAGUUAUUGUAAAGUUAUAUUCUUUAUGCAUAUUCAAAUUUAUUAUUCAUAUUCAUAAUUCUAUUAUAUGGUGAAUAAUAUGAUGUUCGAUCAUUUGUGUGAAACAAUAGUACUGUAACUAAAUGAUUGAAUAUAGUUAAAUGAA